GGAAGCGGAGGAGAGGAGAGGAGAGGAGAGGAGGGAAGGGGGCAGGAGGACGCCUACGUCGCAUCCCCGGAUGGCUGCACCGUUGUCUUGAUUGACCGGCCCGCUGAAGGAAGGACGAGCCAACCCCCCCCCCAUGCAAGCCUGCGUAUAUAAAGCCCAGCAGCAGCCGCCUUUCAGCAGGGUGUCUGUCACCAGAUCUCCAUCGUCACCCAUCACCAGCCUCUUUCCGACCUGACUGUGGACUAAUCACUGCUUGGUGUCAGCACAGCGGCAGCAGCCAUGUCUCACGGAUGGGGAUACGGACCAGGCAACGGACCUGACACAUGGGAAAGAGACUUUCCUCUGGCCGUAGGGCCUAGACAGUCUCCCAUCAACAUCGUCCCUAAGGACGCCAAGUACGACUCCAGUCUAAAACCUCUGAAAAUCAAGUAUGACCCCUCCAACGCCAAGGGCAUCCUCAACAACGGACACUCCUUCCAGGUGGACUAUGUGGACGACAGCGACAGCUCCACCCUGAUUGGGGGUCCAAUCUCCGGAACCUAUCGCUUGAAGCAGUUUCAUUUCCACUGGGGAGCCAGCGAUGACCGAGGCUCCGAACACACUGUCAACGGCAUCAAGUUCCCGUGUGAGCUUCACCUGGUGCACUGGAACACCAAGUACCCGAGCUUUGGAGAGGCAGCCAGCCAGCCCGAUGGACUCGCAGUGGUCGGGGUCUUCCUCAAGAUCGGUGCUGCCAACCCCAGGCUUCAGAAAGUUCUGGAUGCCUUGGAUGCUAUUAAAUCAAAGGGAAAGCAGAGCACCUUUUCUAACUUUGACGCAAAGUCUCUUCUUCCUGGUUCUCUGGACUUUUGGACCUAUGAUGGAUCUCUGACCACGCCUCCCCUGUUGGAGAGUGUCACCUGGAUCGUUCUCAAGGAGCCAAUCAGUGUCAGCCCUGCACAAAUGGCCAAGUUCCGUGGCCUCCUCUUCACUGGAGAUGGAGAUGCUCCGUGCUGCAUGGUGGACAACUACCGGCCCUGCCAGCCUCUGAAGGGCCGCCAGGUCCGCGCCUCCUUCAAAUAGACCCCUGCCUCAUCUACCUGGCUUCCUGCCCCCCUUUGCUUAUCCCUAACGUAUUUCCCAUUUCCCCCCAUAUGCAGUGUAUCCAUAGUUUAUAUUACUUACCAGCACUAUUGAUAUUUACUUGAAGAGUAGAAUACAGGCCUUUCUGCUUUUAUGUAAUUAAUGACAUAGGACUGACUGGAUGUGUCUUAAAUUAAAUUACUUAUUAGGAAAGUAUUUGUUUCCAAAUAAAAUCCAGAUGACAUUUUUAAUUCAAAUUUUGCCACUGAGGCACAUCUGAUUACAGUCCGCCUCCGUUCUCUUUUCGGCUGCAUCAGAAUCACAAUUAGAAUGAGCUUUAUUUGCCAUACAAGCAGAAUUUGACGCUGGUUACAUGCAACACAGCUUUAGCCGUCCUUCUGUCCACAGGGGGGCGGUGCACCUGGGAUCUAACAAACCCACUAAUGGGCAGGAAUUCUACCACCUGAUCUCUGUUACGCAACCCCUCUCUCUAGCCACCAUAUAACUAACAACCAAAGCUUUUCUUCAUUUACAGUGGCUGUGGAUAGAUAAUAAGACAGUGGGCUUCAUCACAGACAAAACCUACCCCAAAUAGUUAUAAAAUGUUUUAAAAGUUAUUUUUGUGUCAUUGAAGGGAACUUUCAUGGAUAGAAGAAUCAUCAGGGAAAUGCUUUUUUCUUAGCAAUAAUGCACAUAAUAUAAAAAUAAAGAAUUAUUAUGCAACCGUAUAUUAUUGGAUGAUGCGCACUAUUUAGUUAUAGGCAAAGGGCCACGUGGCCUAUAAGACUUAGAUGUAGGCCUAAAUACUCUGCAGGGAUAUUUACCAAUAAUAUAAAUUAAUAUUUACUCCUCUGUUUUUUUAAUCUGUUGACAGUGUGCUUUGCCUUGUUUGAAAUGCUUUGCUGCUACGCAUUACAUUGUGUUGAGAAUUGUGCCACCAACAGAUUGUUCAAGCUAAGGUUUCUAUUGAUGCCUCGUUGAGUUAGAGAACCUUUCACAACGUUGACUCAGUCGUGCACUGUCGCCAUUAUGAACUGGCAGGUGUACGUAAACUAGAAGGUUUUUAGACUUGAUCAACGAAUGAUGGUAAUGCUUCCGAAUGUUCCAGUAUGUGUCGGAGUCAGUCCUACAAUGCGUCGGCUGAUGGAACUUUACUGAUAGAUCUACUUUUUUCUGUGGUCAUGGCUCACCUCAUUCUAUCCGUGGCUCUACAGAUAAUUAAACAAAACUAUAGCAACUUAUCUACCUAUCACCACAGUGCAUUAAGUGUUGCCUUUAAGACUCGUGAGACAAAUGUGCAAGUUGGAAAGAAAGAACUGAAAUGAUCAAUUUGUGACAAUAUAUUAACACAAUCUGCAGUAUCAACAUAUGUUAUAGACUUUGACAUUUCCUACAGUUUGUCAGCAAACAUAUCAUUCCAUCUGACUGAAGUGUGAUCCAUGGCAGAUAUUCAUCAGAGGCCAGCGAAAUGUCACUCGUUUUUAGCUUUUAUAUCAUUAUUAUGAAAGCAUUAGCUUUCAGUGUGGUGUGAUGGUGAGAAAAAAGUAUUUUUAAUCUGUUGUGAUCGGAAAUCCUUUUAUCAAUAAAUAUUCCUAACUUUCA